AUCACUCGAUUUUGUCCGUCCAGGUUUAAUCAAAAAUGAAAAUACAUCUUUGUAACCGAAAUAUAACGCCAAUGUUUGAACUUGGAUCAAAUGGCCUGUAACUGGCUCAAAAAGUUUGUUGGGUAUAUGACAUUACAACUGUGGACGGUACAUUUUUUGUCUCUUUUCUUCAUUCUCCCGUUUCAACCAUUGAAUAAACCGAAAGUGAAGGGGGUGUGUAAACCUUUAUUGCACUGCAAUUAUUUUCCAUCUCUGGUUUAUAUAAUCCACUGACUCUUAAAUCACCAACAUCACAGUUCUUGCCAAAAUAUCCAAUUUUUCAGCAAUAUCUGACCACUGAUUUUUCUCAACAAUUGUCAUCUUUGCUGAAUCUUCAACUGCAAAAAGACAUAUAGCACAUCCUAAUUUUUAAAAUAUCUCUACAUGCGGUGUGGCAAGGGAGAAAAGUCAUUAGACAUGACAUGACAUGAAGUUGCAUUACUUUCGAGAAUGAUACUGACAAGGAACCCAACAUAAGACUUGUCACAGCGCUGUUUUGCCUUUACCUGGAUUCUCUGCUUACAAUAGAAUUUACAGAUAAACGAGGUUACUAAUACUACUUACUAGUGCUACACACUAAACACAGACAUGAUAAAAAGCUUGGAUUAUGGAGCUUUCAUGGAGAAGUUUUCUCUCCAAUUAAGCCCUUCACAGCACCAACUCCCCUUGAGAGGCCUCACGUUUGCUGCUAAAGACAUAUUUGACAUAGAGGGAUAUGUCACUGGCUUUGGAAACCCUGACUGGGCCAGGACUCAUUCAGCCGCCACGUCAACAGCGCCAGCAGUGAUGGACCUCUUAACGGCAGGCGCAACUUGUCUUGGAAAAACUGUCAUGGAUGAAAUGGCUUACUGUAUGUAUGGAGUAACUAAACAUUACGGCACUCCCACAAAUCCUUGUGUACCAGAUAGGGUGCCUGGAGGAUCUUCCAGUGGCUCUGCUGUUGCAGUAGCUGCAAAGCUGGUAGAUUUCUCCCUUGGAACUGACACUGGUGCUAGUGUAAGAGUCCCUGCAUCAUAUUGCGGAAUUCUUGGAUUUCGGCCUUCACUCGGUGCCGUCUCUACUGUAGGAGUUCUUCCGAUGUCACAGAGUUAUGAUACUGUGGGAUGGUUUGCUCGUGAUCCUAUGAUUUUAAACCGCGUUGGACGUGUUCUUCUGCAUUUACCUGACGUUGAUCCUAUCAAACCAAGUCAGAUCAUUAUUGCAGAAGAUUGUUUUCGGCUGUCUACUAUUCCAAGUGACCGAACAGCUCAAGUUCUUGUAAAGUCAAUUGAAAAGCUCUUUGGAGCUCAAUGUGUUAAGCAUGUAAUACUUGGAGACCAUGUGAAGGACAAAGUACCAAGUUUGCAGCAUUUCAUGGAUAAGGGAAAUGAAGACCAAGAGGAUGAUAUACCAUCCUUAGCAGCCCUUUCAAGUGCAAUGAGAUUACUUCAGAGGUAUGAAUUUAAGAAUUACCACGCCAAAUGGGUCACCAAAGUGAAUCCGGAUUUCGGUCCAGGAAUAUCUGAGCGGAUAUGGGAUGCCAUUAAAGCAACAGGAGAAAAUAUUGAUUUCUGCCACUCAGUGAGGACUGAAUUACGCGCUGCGCUUACUGCCCUGCUAGGGGAUCAUGGCAUCCUUGCUCUCCCAACAACACCAGGGGAACCACCAAAAGUGCAAGCAAAUCCAGCCACAUCGGAUAUAUUCUUUUCUAGGCCUUUCAGCUUACUGUCCGUUGCUGGAUCAUCUGGUUUCUGUCAGGUUAGCAUACCUCUAGGGAGGUAUGAUAAUGUUCCUUUGGCAAUUUCCCUAGUGGCAAAACAUGGCUCUGAUGCAUUCCUGCUCAAUCUUGUCGAGACUUUAUAUGACACCCUCCAAGAAACUAUAUAAAUUAUGUCUUCCAUAAAUAAUCAUGCUUCGAAAUAAUUGUGCCUCCAAGUUCCCAUGGUGCAGAAGACAUGGGAAAUUGGUUCCACAAUUUCUAUUUCUAGAUUCAUGUACAUGAACGCCAUAGUAUCCGGAAGCUAAAGUGUAAUUAUAUAUAUAGGAACAUAGUUGCUGCUCAGUUUGUAUAGUAUAUAGUUUUAGUAUGGAUACUGCUAUUAAGCUUUUGAACACAAAAGUUGCUCCUGUGGUUUUAUUUUUCCAAGAAAAA